AUGGCUCUUGCUCAUGAAGCCCUGCUCCACAAAAACUUGUCGUUUAUAACAGCAGCUACUGUGGCAGCCAAAAGGGGGACUUGGCGAUGUCCAAGGUGUGACGAUGUGUGUCCUUGCAACAAAUGUGUUCAGAGAAGAAGCAAGGACGGAAGGCAGAGACGAGGAAAAAAUCAGCCCAGGGAGGGAGCCAGUGGAUUCGAGUUCGGUAAGGGAAUCGAAGGCCUUCACAUUAGUGGCUCCUCGCUUGCUGAUGACGACUGUGCUCCUGGGGCGUCGCACACCGCAAAGGCUACAUCAAGUAUCCCUCAAGACGAUGAAGCAUAUGAAGGCGCUCUCGGCUUAUGUGCUAUCCUAAAGAAGGAAGAGGAGGAGGAAGAUUCGCAUUCCAAUUCGCCAUCUGAAUCUAGUGAUGCGCCAACGCCUCCACAGCAACAAAAUUCUGGAACCUCUCAAGAUCCGAGACUCUCUGCAUCAGAUGAUCAACCAGCCGUUAAUAGUUCUGAAGGGAAAGAGGAACACUUAUCUCCCACUGAGCUGCCAUGGACCCCUAGGAAGAGCAGGUCGGCUUUCAAGCGCGAUUCUACAACAGCAAGAACCAAGGAAGUUCUUCAGGAGUGCCAAUCACAAGCCCUUGCUCGAAGAGAAAAAAUGAAGGAUGUGCAUACUGUGCCACAUCAAGCUGAAGAGAACUUGGAACUUCCAUCAAGGCACAAGCUGCCUAGAUACUCUGUUGAUGAGGAGCAGCAACCAACGUUCCUGCAUGACAGUCAUUUGCCAUUUCCUGGGAUUCGUGGAUCCAGGAGCUUUACAUACCAGAUGCAGGACAACACAUUGGGUUGUCGUUCGAACAGUGGGCACAAGGAUGGUCAACUCAAGCCAGGGCUGAGGCUUUCCGGGUCUGCAGACGCGUUUCAAUAUGUCAUGGGGAAAGAUGUGAGCAUUUCACCUGCAACGGAGCGCAUAUUUUCUGUCGGGAGACUGCAAGAUUCGAUUUCCCCUCGCUCGGCGUCUCUUCCGCACACUCCAGUUCGACGAAAACUUUCUCGCAAAGGCAUUCCGUCAAGGGGUGAUUCGGGCAUUGAUUUCAGCCCUCUACUCGAGCCAUCUUCUCCAUGCAAGGCAGUCAGCCCAUGUGUUCUUCCACGAACAGCAGCUGAGCCCUCUGUAAAUAAUCAACACAGAAUGAGUAUAUCAGCUGCUGGUUUGGAAUCUGAUGAGCACUGUGCAAGCGAAGUCUCCAUUGAGAAGCUGGAGACCCUUCGACCUGGUAGCAGCAAGGAGGAUGAUGCGACUUCGUCCUUUGCAAAAGAUGUACAGAUGGGACUUUCCAAAGACUGCAAGGCAUUAACAAGUCCUGGGACACCGCGCAUGGUGAAGGCAGAGCCGUACGGUGUAUCUGCUGGUCCCUCAGCCAGUAAACUCGCUACUCUGGGUACUCAUGACAGGAUGCGUUCAGACAAGAAAGUUGCAGCAGCUGUUGCGGCAGCACUGAGGCUGUGCGUACCUGAGAUUGCAGGGUCAGGGACCUCGUUCAAGACAUCCAGUUCAUCCAGUGACUGUUCUGAAGGGCGCUGUGAAGCGAAUCUUGGCACAGAGGAGUCUCCACUAGGGAAGGAGGAGAAGAAUGCAACCCCAGACCUUGCACUUCAUCGUGAUAUGAAGCUUCUGCAUGGAACAGAGGCAAGGAAACAGGGUAUUUUCAGUGCUUCCCCUUACAACCUUAUCCAGGAGGGGCUCACUAAUGAUCCCUGGAAGCUCUUGGUCGCAUCGAUGCUUCUGGAAGAUCAUCCUUUUCACAUGGUGCGGCUUGGAGUGAGGAGGCUGUUUCAAAAUCUUCCCUCAGCCGAUGACGUCUUAUCUUCUGACAUGCGAACACUGGAGCAAUUCGUGUGCAGUGCAGGAUUUCAUGAAAGAUGGGCCAAGAACUUGCUUACCUUCACCCGAGAAUUCUCAUCAGGAAACUGGGCUCAGAUAACUGACCUCCCAGGAGUUGGCAGAUAUGUUGCAGAUGCCUAUGCGAUCUUCAUUGAGGGUCGACUCCAGUCAGUACAUCCAACAGACAGUCUCCUCGUGAAGUAUCAGAGUUCCGGUUGCGAGCUAGCGAACACCUUCAACGAGCGGGCAGGAGAAGCGCGCACGGUCACGGCGCUCUUCACGGACUGGGAGAAGGCAGUUGACCGCCUCAGACCGCAAGGGGCGGGGGUGGUGCAAGGCGGGGGUAUUGGCGAAGGAGUGGUGGAAGAGUCGGCGAUGGAUGACGGGCCACAAUGGCGGGAUAGUGAACGAGGAUCUGGGGACGUGGAGAGGUUCAGGGCAGAUGGGCUAUGA